GACACGUUGUCCGACGUUUUCCGGUUUACUCAACAGCUUAGACUUGUUUCCUAUCAUCUUAAUUUUUUUUUUGGAUUUUUGGUCUACGGGUUGAGCCCAGCUCAACGCAGGUAUUUCUCGUCAUAGGUUCCGUGCUUUGGACACCCGUAAUCCUCGAAUCAUGCAACUCUCCGCAGCUGAACUCCAGAAGAGACACGAACUCGAAGGAGCUCCCGAUCCAUUCCCAUCUCUCGGCGAGGCGACACCCAUUAAGCCCAGACGUGGCGUUCAGGACUCUGCUGACGCAGACUCGGAUUUCCCAACUCUCGCCCCUUCCGCACCUGCCACCGCUUUACCUGGCAAGUCUGCUUGGGGCUCUGAUGCUGGCCCUCGCAUCAAGGCUACCAUCAAGGCUACACCAGUCAUUACAGAUUCUUUCACGAUCACUCAAGUCGAACUUCCUGUCAAGGAUGGCAAACAGACUUCGCUCGGUGAAGUCAUGAAGCAGGUCCUUACAAUGUUUAAGGUCAAAAUAGAGGCAUCGACAAAUCAGAGUCGGCAGACUACCUUCCACAUGAAGGCUGAGGUUCAAAAGGAGAUUGACAAGGCUAAGCGUCACCUGCUGGCCACUUUGAGCCCCAUGGUGACUUUGACUUUGAAUGCCCCCGCAUCCACCAUUCCUGCUAUAAUCGGUCUCAAAGGCGCUACUCUCAACAAGGUUCGCGAGGCUACAGGUGUCAAGGUCGAUAUUCCUCGGAGGGACGGUACAGCCAACGGACAUGCAAGCGGAACAACAAACGGAACUACUACCCCCAUCCCAGGCGAUGAGGAAGAGGAGGUUAUGAUACCCAUCACUAUCGUCGGCGCGCACCCGCUUGCCUUGGAAGCUCAGGCAACGUUUAAGGAGAUCAUCGCUUCUCGGACUUCGAAGAUUACCCAAAGGGUUCGAGACAUUCCGGCUCAUAUUCUACCUUUCGUCCUUUAUCGCCGCAGCCUCUUCAUCGAGUCAGCGCAAGGUCUCGAUGUUAAUCUCGCCUUAAACCAAUCUGAACGGGAGAUCACUGUCAGUGGAGAUCGCGAGGGCGUCAUUCGUGUUGUCGAGACCAUCAAAGCUACCAUCGAAGCAUUCAGGACGAGCAUAACUAGUCUUAAGAUGUCUUUACCCAAGCGCCAGCAUCGUCUUCUUGCUGGUAAAGCAGUCGACGAAAUCAUGGUGCAGAGCAAAUGUUUGGUUAUCGUUGCUUCCCCCGAGGAUCCUGGCGACGAGGUCACGGUGUGGGGCAUGGCAGAUGAUCUUCCUACUGGUUUGAGUGCUGUCAUGACCAAGGCGAAUUCGCAAUUCAUUCACGAGUUCCCUCUACCUGGUCCCCUGACGGUUUCAAAACAACUCCUCGCAUAUAUGACACGUAUCAACUACUCAAAGACCUUGGCUAAUGCACAUCCUGAUGCCUCGAUCUUUACACCAUCCCCUGCUACCAUUGCUCAAGCAUCAGUUCUCAACAUCGACAUUGUUGGUGAGAAACCGGUGGUGGACGCGGUGGUUAGGCAGAUCUCAGAGUUGAUUGGCAAACUCAUUGGUGCAACGAAGGAAGUUUCUAUUGAUUGGCUCAUCCACCGCGUUAUCCAGGGUAAAAAUGCUAAGAAAUUAAAGCAGUUCCACGAGGGGCACAAUGUUCAGGUUUUCUUCCCUCUGGAGUCUGCCGAGGAAUCUCAGGUUCUAUUGGUUUACGAUCCCCUUUCUCCUUCGGCGUCGCCCUCGCCUGUGGAGAAAGAGAAGCAUUUAGAUGAUGUCGCGAAAGAGCUCCUCAAGAUGGCCAAAGAAGUUGCGGAUGUGAAAAGCCAGACCAUCUCGGUCGAAAAACGCUGGCACGAAGCUGUCGUUGGUCAAGGAGGCACGACUUUGAAUGCUAUCAUCGGUGAGGACAAGACACUCUCUAUCAAGGUUGGUGCACAAGUUGGCGACGCAUCCGGCGAAGAUGUUAUCCUUGUCCGCGGCGCCAGCACCGAUGUCGAUCGUGUCAUCAAAGAGAUCCUGCAGGUCGUCGAGGAUGCUAAGAAUGAUGCCAUUGUCAGCAGCUAUUCCACCGAAUUUGACAUUGAUCGGGAGUAUGCUGGCCACGUCGUGGGCGCACAGGGCUCAGGCAUCAACAGGCUUCGCGAUAUUCUCGGUGUGAAGGUUGAUGUCUCGAACGAAUCUGAUGAGAAGGAAAAAGAGGCAGGCAAGAAAAAGAAGGCCGCUCAUCAGAAAUCCAAGGUCAAGAUUACUGGUCGUAAGGAAAACGUAGAGGAAGCCAAAAAACGGAUCUUGUCGCAAGUUGAGAGGCUUGCCGACGAGACUUCUGAAGUUUUGAAAAUCCCUAACCAGUACCACGCCCAGCUCAUUGGUCAGAGUGGCAGGUACGCCAUUCGGCUGGAGGAGAAGUACAGUGUCAAGAUCACAUUCCCUCGUUCAUUCACCGACAACGGGGAGGGUAAGACCAGGGAGCAACUCAAGCCUGAUGAGGUCCUUAUCAAGGGUGGCAAGAAGGGCGUUGCUGGUGCAAAGUCCGAGUUACUUGACGCUCUGGAGUUUGAGAAAGAAUCUAACAAAGUUCUCAAAUUCGAUGUCCCCAUUCGUGCCGUCUCCCGUAUCCUUGGCAAAGGCGGUGUCACCAUCAACGAGAUCAAGGAUGACACUGGCGCCCAAAUUGAUGUCGAUAAAACUAACGAUGGGAAUGGUACUGUCACGCAGAUCACGGUCCGUGGCACAAAGGAAGCAAUCAAUGCCGCAAAGAGCGCCAUCUUGGCUAUAGCUGAUCAAGUCGGCGAGGAAACCACAGCAUCCCUGGUCAUCGAAACCAAGUUCCACCGUACCAUUAUUGGUGCUGGUGGGCAGGGUUUGAAAGAUCUCAUCAUCCGGUGUGGUGGUCCUUCUGACACCAAACUCCAAGCUGGGCUUGUCCGGUUCCCUCGCCAGGGUGAAACUUCUGAUGAUGUUCGCCUCCGCGGAGAGCCCAACUUGGUUAACAGGGUCAAAGAAGAACUUGAGAAAAUGGUGGCCACUUUCCGUGACCGUGUUGUUCUGGCUGUGGAGAUUCCGGCGUCGCAGCACCGUACAUUGAUCGGCAGAGGUGGCCAACAUCUGAAUGACCUUCAGAACCGAUUUGGAGUUCAAGUGCAGUUCCCUGGGUCGCGUUCAUAUAAUCAACUCGACGGCCCCGAAAAUGCAAGUGAUGUGGCGGACACUGAUCCAGCCGACGUCGUCAAGGUUUCUGGUCCUCACAAAGCCUGUGAGGCGGCAAUUGCCGAGCUCAAGACCCAGGUGAAGCCUGCUGCUCCCGAGAGCGUGACGGCGAUCGUCUCAGUACCACUGAAGUACCACCACGCCAUUUCACAGCAGGGCCACUUCUUCCGUACUUUGCGCAACUUCGGGGUUUCCGUCGAGCAAUCUGCCAAGCCUCAGAAGCCAGCAGUCCCUACUGCUCCCCCUCAAAAUGGCUCUACGACCGCCCGUAUUGAUGAUACUGAGGAUGUGCCAUCCGUCGAAAUUCACUGGCACGUCGCUGAAAACUAUCUAGACGCUGAGGAAGGCGACUCUGAGUGGACUUUGAAGGGCAGUGACGCUGCUGGUCUGGAGCGGGCCCAGAGCCUCAUCCAGGAAGCUAUUGAGCAGGCUGCAGCCAUGACAUGUGUGGGCUUUUUGACCCUCCCUGACCGCUCUGCGUUCCCGAGAAUUGUAGGUUCAAAGGGUUCCAACGUCUCUCGCCUUCGAAACGAGACCGGAGCUGACAUUACGGUCGGGAGAGACAACAGUACUAUUGUCAUCAUUGGUAAGUCGGUUCACCUAUGCGAGAUCACUGUUUGACGUGGUACUUCAGGUUCUGAGUCUGCUGUUGAUGC